GAAGCAAAGGACUGGUGGUAUCGACCGAAGUUGGGAUGAAGGAGAGGAUGUACGAGAGCGCAGCCGCGUCACAGCACGCCAGCCAAAAUCUGCGCGACGUCGUCCGUUUCUGUAUUAACACGUUCCGAGCAUUCUAUGCCGGGGACGUCGGGGCUGCAUUCACCACCGUUGCAGCCGCAACCGCUGCAUCAGACGUCAAACGAGCCACCGCCUCCUCCUGCCGUGGGCCGAACAGUCUCGCGGCAAGGGAAGCGUCGCCGCGCGAUCCUGCCAUGGGCAAUCUGCAAAGCGAGGCUAGAAAGAAAGGAAAGAAGGGCAAAGGGGCCGCGGAUGGAACUGCGAGCACGCCAGGAUCCGUAGCGGAUGGUCUUGACGACGCGACCGACACCGGGGAUGAUGGAGAAACGGGUGACUCAGAGGAAACACCUGCUAGAAAGAUGGAAGUAUGUCAGAGACGUGGUGUGGACAAGCGACCGUUUCACAAGAGGCAGGCUCCGAAACCACCCGGAUCUACCGAGACGAAGGUCAGCCCAGUUGUACCAGAGCUUUCGGGGAAGAAGUCACAGGUACGAGAAAAACACGAUAAAGAAGAUGGAUUUCAAAGAGCGAUAGAACGAGUCGGGCUAACAGAAACGAAGACCAAAGAAAAUUCAUUGGAAGCGCCAUUGUUGCCAGCAACAAAUCAGAUUCAAAAGCAAGACCCUACGCUUCUGGUCACAGACUCAUGGCGGUUGGCCAAUCAGUGCAUGGUUGUGACUGAGAUUUCGAUGCCACCUAGCCAAGAAUCUUCGAGCGACAGCGUGUUUACCGAUCCCGAAGAAUUAGCCGGCGCCACGAAUGGCGCCAAAGAGGAAGCAGCCUCGACGUCAUUGGCGCUUGUUUUGAAGAGUCACGAGGUCGGACCGUCUUCCAUGUCCCCGCUUUUCGAACGACGAAUCGUUGGAACGUUAAUCUCGGCGCUGCCGGAUCAAUUAAAGUCGAUACUUACGGAAGCCGAAGUCAAACAAUUUGCGGCUGGAAUAUAUUCCAGACUUGUAUCGGAUGGUAUUAUCGGAUCAAUUACGCUUGAUGGUGUCACGCGGAAUAAGGAGCUUACAGAAGAUCAGUCCCAAUGCAAAGAUACGCAAUCUAUAUCUGCCAGUUUAACUUCCCAAGGAGCUUCCGCGAAAGACCAACAAGAUUCCGAGAAGGAGUCGCUGAAACGGGAACUCGAAAAACUUCGAGAACUAGCGAAACAUGCAAACAAAACUACUCAAGGUAAAUCCACGCAGACAUCUCCUACGACAACUUUCCCGGAAGCAAUUUCCGAAGAUUUAUCCAAAGGGAAAUCUUCUGGAACGCUCGGUUCAUCGUUGGAGAAGACUAUCGUUCAGGAUGCGACUUCUCAAGAGCAAUCUUCGAGUGCCACUUGCUCGACAUCAGUCGCAAGUGGUUCGAAGGACGCGAAGGCUUCCGGAAACGACACGACACCGGGCCGUGUUACUCGAUUAUCGUUGACCCUAACUUCCCCACUGCCACAAGCUUCUUCCCCGCCUGCAUACUCGAGUGCACCUCCUCCUCCGCCCCCACCACCUCCUCCACCCCCAUCGCCCUUCUUAGAUUAUCGUUCUCAGAACAGUUCAGCCUCCGCUUCUCAACCAUCUUUCUCCAUCCCACCCCCACCUCCGCUACCUGCCUCCACCACCCCGACGCAAUCGUUUACCUCUCAACGAAGCAUUACUUCAUUACCAACAGUUCCACCUCCGCCUCCGCCUCCGCCAGGAAUUCAAGGACCAUCGCAAGGACCUUGCCCUUUACCCGCACCUCCGGUUGGAGGUUGGAACCCAGCCAGCAGAGCGUGCAUGAGAAAAGAGCCGCUCUGUCCCGAGGUUCCUAUGAAACCGCUCUACUGGACCAGGAUUUUGGUACCUGUAGUACCAACGGAGCGUGGUUCCGUCGACGCUUCAGAAUCGGCCGUUCAGAUUCCUCUGUGGGCGGAACUAGAGGAAGAGAAAAAUCUGGAUAUGAAAGAGUUCGCCGGCCUGUUCUCUCGUCAGGUGACCGCCAGAAAACCGGUCAAAAAAGCGGACGAGGCUUCGAAACCAUCUAAAAUACAACCAGCAAAGAUUCUCGACUCGAAACGAUCCAAGACCGUGGGCAUUUUGGAGAAGAGCUUGCACGUAGACUUCUGCGAGGUUGAGAACGCGGUUUACAACUUGGAUACUAGUGUGGUUAACCUUGAGGCGUUGCAGCAGAUAUACGAAAUCAGGCCAACGCAGAAGGAAUUGGACGAGAUAAAAGCUUUCGAGGAGAGUAAUACGGACAUUCCUCUGGAUCGACCAGAGGUUUUUCUCAAAAAAUUGUCCAGUAUAAAUCACUUCUCCGAGAGAAUUGCGUGUCUAAUGUUUCAAGCGGAAUUUCAAGACGCGAUCUCGUUCGUUGCAUCGAAGUUAACAAAUUUACGAAGCACGUGUGAUUUUUUACGGAAUUCUACUUCUCUGAAAAAAGUGAUGGCGUUAAUUCUCACGCUCGGCAAUUACAUGAAUGGCGGAAACAGGACGCGAGGGCAAGCCGACGGUUUUGGUCUGGAAAUUCUAGGGAAGUUGAGGGACGUGAAGUCAAAUGUACCUGGUAUUACGUUACUCCACUAUGUUGUUAGAGCGAGACUAGCUCAAGAGAAGGAUCACAACUUCGAAGAACCUUUGCCGUUACCGGUUCCGGAACCGGCAGACAUGGAGGCGGCAUCGAACAUUAAUUUUGAGAAUGUCUCGGCCGAGUUAGAAAGAUUAAAGAAGGAACUUCAAGUAUGUACCGAAAAAUGUGAAAUCGUCGUUGAAGCGGAUCCCGAAUCGUCAGGACCGUUCAAAGAAAAGAUGGAUGCGUUUUUCCGCGUGGCAAGAGCAGAAUUGGCAAACGAGCAGGAAGCUUUGCUCGACGCGAAGAGCAAAUUCAAGGCUGUGAUGCAAUUCUACCAGUACACUCCUAAAGGCGCGAAGAACCUAGACGCGGCCGAUCCGAGCGCGUUCUUCGUCCUCUGGCUCGGUUUCUGUCAGGACUUCAAGGAUAUCUGGAAAAAGGAGCAACAACGAAUAAGAAAGGAACGAAUGGAAGAGAUGAGAAAGAAAUACGGAAGUAAAACAAAGGUGGAAAAAUUGAAACUAAGCGCCACGGGAUUGAAAGCACGGAUUCAAAAGCUCUCACGAAAAUAAAUAAAUAAAUUCGAUAUCACGAAUACAUCGAUAGAUGCGUUAUAACGAGUCGAACGAAUACGACUAUUCUCGUCUUCGAGCGAGGAUAGUGUCUGGUUGUCACGAAUAAAGAUAGUUUAUGGGAUCGAUCGAUCGAUCGUCCGUUCCGUUCGGUCCGUCCCACUCUUUACGGCAUUAAUUUCGUCGAAACUAAAACGAAAUAAUAAUUAUUGUUGUAGAUAUAUUUGUUGGCAUGAAUUUGUUAUAUUGUAUAUAGACUGGUUAAGUUUGCGUCUAAUUUAUAAAUACGAUUGUUCCGCGAAUGAAGAAAUCGAAGUAAUUCUAAUAAACGAUACUUUUUACAUG